AAUCAUCGUAUUGUUAAAUGGAAAUUGGAUUCAAAUGAAGGUCAAAUCAUUGCAGGUGGAAAUGGACAAGAAAAUCAAAAUAAUCAGUUGAAUGGUCCGUUCGAUAUAAUUUUUGAUAAAGAAAAUAAUUCUUUUAUUAUUUCUGAUAUUAAAAACAGACGAGUAGUUCGAUAUUUUGAUCAAAAUCAAACAAAUCAACAAAUUAUUAUUUCAAAUAUUAAUUGUCUUGGUCUGACAAUCGAUAAAAAUGGAUUUAUUUAUGCUUCUAAUACUGAGACUCAUGAAGUAAGACGAUAUAAACAAGGAGAUGAAAAGGGUGAAUUGGUGGCAGGUGGAAAUGGUCCAGGAGAUCAUCUUAAUCAAUUCAAUCAACCUACUUAUAUCUUUAUUGAUGAUGAUUAUUCUCUUUAUAUAUCAGAUCUUCAGAAUCAUCGUGUAAUGAAAUGGAAAAAAGGUGCAAAAGAAGGAAUUAUUGUGGCUCCUACAAAUGGUAGAGGAACUAGUCUCAAACAAUUGGAUAAUCCUCAGGGAGUGAUUGUUGAUCAUAUGGGUCACAUAUAUGUGGCAGAUUACUGUAAUCAUCGAGUAGUGCGUUGGUGUGAAGGAGAUGAAGAAGGUGAAGUUGUUGUUGGUGGAAAUGGUCAAGGAAAUCAAUCAAAUCAAUUGGAUUUUCCCUCAGGUUUAUCAUUUGACAAUGAAGAAAAUCUUUAUGUUGCUGAUGCGAGAAAUUAUCGAAUCCAAAAAUAUGAAAAAAUUUAA